AAACCCGGGAUGUGAAAAGCAAGCCUGCCCGCCACGCGGCCACCAGCCUCCUUCCUGCGCAGACACGCGCGCUGCACACGGAACACUCGCACUUCUGCGCCGGGCGGCGGCGUGGAGCCCAGGAAGGGGGAACCGAGCGAGCUCGGCCUUCAGCUAAUUCUAACCUCAACUCUGACGUGUGCAGCAAGAACCAGAGGAAACGAAGGGGAGCCCCAGGGUCAGGGGCCACCACACUCCUGACACCGCCCCGGGGGCGCGCCUCCAGGGCCGGGGGCGGAGCUGGCCCGUCCAGUCCCGCCCAGCGCCGCGCCCUCCAGUCAGGAAGCCACAGGAGGAGCGUCUCGCACCCGACGCCCGCUGGCUGCCUUCCUCUGCGUCCCGCGCCGCGCCAUGCUGGCCCUCCGGAGCUGCCUGGCGGCGACUCGGGCCUCGCGCACAGUCGCGCCUCAGGGUUGCUGAGCCUGGCCUCGAACUUGACCAUCUUCCUCCUUCAGCAUAUGGAGUCGCUGGGAUUACAGGUGUGCUCAUCUUUUGCUACAGGCCCCAGGCAAAAUGAUGGAACAUUCUAUGAAUUUCGUACCUAUUCUCUUAAACCCUCAAAGAUGAAUGAGUUCUUGGAAAACUUUAAGAAAAAUGUGCAUCUUCGGACAGCUCACUCUGAAUUGAUUGGAUAUUGGAGUGUAGAAUUUGGAGGCAGAAUAAAUAAAGUGUUUCACGUUUGGAAGUAUGAUAAUUUUGCUCAUCGAACUGCAGUUCGGAAAGCCUUGGCUGAAGAUAAGGAAUGGCAAGAACAAUUCCUCAUUCCAAAUUUGGCUCUCAUUGAUAAACAAGAGAGUGAGAUUACUUACCUGGUGCCAUGGUGCAAAUUAGAAAAGCCUCCAAAAGAGGGAGUCUAUGAACUGGCUACUUUUCAAAUGAAACCUGGUGGCCCAGCUCUGUGGGGUGAUGCUUAAAGGGCAAUCAAUGCCCAUGUUGAUCGAGGCUACACAAGACUAGUUGGUGUUUUCCACACAGAAUAUGGAUCACUCAACAGAGUUCAUGUUCUGUGGUGGAAUGAGAGUGCAGAUAGCCGUGCAGCUGGGAGGCAUCAGUCUCACGAGGAUCCCAGAGUUGUGGCGGCGGGUAAGCUAUUUCACUAGGCAUGGGUUAUUUUUAGAACAAACUCCAUUGACUCAAUAACUUUAUAUGCUUUCCUGUGAAAUGUUUUUCCAGUCCGGGAAAGUGUCAACUACCUAGUGUCUCAGCAGAAUGUGCUUCUGAUUCCUACGUCAUUUUCACCAUUGAAAUAGUUUUCUACUGAAACAUAGAAGAUUUCAUUAUCUGGUAUAAGAUGUGUCUGCUAACGGU